UCGCGUAUCAUGGCGGAUACUGAAAAGUUGUUGGAAAUUCGGAGAGACGAAGUCAUCGGGUUUGGGUUCUCUAUUCUCGGAGGUUACGGCUCUGAGCUGCCACCUGUUAUUUUCGAUAUCCUCAAGGGAUCACCGGCCUGCCGCUGCAGUCAGCUUGAAAUUGGCGAUGUGAUCCUGCAAGUGAAUAAUGUUGAUGUUACCUACAUGACGACGAAGGAGGUUCUAAAGGUUUUGAAGGAUUCUGGGCCAGAUUUGAGAUUAAAACUAAAACGUGAUCCUGAUAUCGCGACCAAAACCUGGAGGUACCUCAGCUCCCCUCAUAACCUUGAGAACCUAAAAAAUGCCAUAUCACGGGAAGACCUUGCUGGCGUUGACGAAAUCAUAGCCAAAUGUGAAAGCAGUCCACACAAUAGUCCAAGGCACAAGCCAAAAAGUCCACGGAAAAGUCCAAAGCCUUCCAGCCAAUCAUCACGCAUACCCAGAUUCGGUUCUGGCCCCAGUCCUAAGACUGGGAACAAAAUGGCUGCUGUUGUCAAGGAAAGUCCAGCGUCGCUAAAAAAAGUUGCGGAUAAGCCUAUGAACGGUUCAUGUGGUGGAAGCAGUGGGCAGGAUAAACAGCGCAUAGUUAGUCCAGAAAAAACAACGCGAAAAGCAAUCCCGGUGUUUAAAAAAAAAGAAAAAGAUAUCCACGUAUUGAAAAAAGACAAGGAUAGUGAUAAGUGUCGAUUUCAGCAGAAUGGGCUGGAGGAUGAGGUGUUAACAGCGGAGUUGGCAUCUGAUGAAAAGUCUGUCCAGCGCAGGGGGGAUGCUGGCUUUGAAACAUUUGUUAUGACAGGGGAUAUGAUAAUACGGACAUCGGCACAAAAAGGGAAUAAAAAAUCGGAUAAAAAGGAAACGACGCCAGAGAAAUCAGACAGUCCCACCCUGGUACCAAAUACUGCUGUUAGUCAUACUGUGCCAGAGACGAAAAUUCCUAGAGUAAAAAAAGCAGGGUCACCGAAGUCAGACUUGGAUAGUAAAGUUGAGUCUUCAGAUAAUAAAAUGGAUAACACAGCAAAUGAAAAGUUGCAAUCGGAAGAUAAAUCAGUAAAAAAGUCACCUUCGGAGGAUAAAUCAGUGAAAAAGUCAUCUCUGGAGGAUAAAUCUGUGAAAAAAUCACCUUCGGAGGAUAAAUCUGUGAAAAAGUCUGCUUCAGGGGAAGAGACACUUCCUAAGGAAGAUAAAAUACCAAGUCCAACAGUGGAUAGCAAUAAGUCGUCACCUUACAGUUCUUCUCCUGAGAAGAGCAUGAAUGGAUUAGCCCACGACAAAGACAUGGAUAAGUCCUCCUCUGAUCAAAAUGUUGUGAAUAACAAUAAGGAAGUUUCGGAUAAAGAGGAGGAGAGAUUUUCAGAUACGAAAGGACGGUCAAUGGUGGUGAGUAAAAGUGCUGAAAAAGUCACGUUGGCCGACCUACAACAAAGAUCGUUGGUUGUACGCAGUAGCAAAAGUCAGGAAAACUAUUUGGAAAAUUCGGAUAGGUAUUUAAUGGUGGAUAUAGAUAUUGACGACAAAAUUGCUUCUUCUGUGGAUGCCUUGCUGUGUGACCAAUCCACGGAGUCAUCGUUGGAAAAAUUAGCGAAUUCAGAAAAUGAUCGAUCAGAGGAUCACAUAUCAAAAAGUGAACAAAGUUCACCAGAACGACGUCCGACGGGGACGGAUAUUUAUAAUGAACGAGUUGUAGUGCCUGGUUUCGUAUCGCUAGAGGAACAACCGGUUUCGGCGCGGGGGAAAUCAGAUUGCCGGUCAGGUGAACAGUCGAGUGCAGGGUUAGUUCUUCAACACGAACCCGAUGAGAGUGAAACAGACUCUUUUGACGAAGGUGCUACUGGUCAUUUUGGACGCGUUCAUGACCAACAUUCCAACUUAGAGGGCGCCGCCAGUUCCGAUUCUGAUCCGGACAAUAUAUCAGACUCAGAUAGCAUUUAUCACCAGCCAACAAAGGAUGUUGAUCGACCGUCUGCUUCAAGGCUUGCCAAAAGACUUUAUAAUCUCGAUGGAUUUAAAAAAUCGGACGUAUCGCGACAUUUGAGCAAAAAGAAUGACUUUGCCCAGUUGGUAGGGGAAGAAUAUCUCAAGUAUUUUGACUUCACCGACGACACCUUAGACAUGGCUCUACGACAGUUUCUCAGCAAGUUUGCGUUGACGGGGGAGACCCAAGAACGGGAGCGUAUUCUUGCCCAUUUCUCCAAGCGCUACGUCGAGUGUAACCCAAACAGUUAUGCCUCAGAAGAUGCCUGUCAUACGCUGGUGUGUGCUAUCAUGCUUCUCAACACAGAUCUCCACGGCCAGAAUAUCGGUAGAAAGAUGACGUGCAGCGAGUUUAUAGAGAAUCUCGCGGACUUGAACGACGGUGAGAACUUCCCUCGGGAGGUGCUCAAGGCCAUCUACAAUGCCAUCAAGACGGAACCUUUAUCUUGGUCAAUAGAUGAAGAGGAGGAACCAAAUGCCAAUCUCAACGGUGGUGCUCCGCAGGACCAAAAGGUCAUGGGCUCUAAUCCAUUCUUAGAGGUGCCUGACCCACAGAAGACCAAGGAAUACAUCAGCGGCUACGUGAUGAGGAAAUGUGUUCAGGAUCCUGACGGGAGGAAAACGCCAAUGGGAAAACGAAGUUGGAAGAUGUUCUACGCCACCUUGAAGGACAUGAUUCUCUAUCUCCACAAGGAUGAACAGAGUUAUAAAAAACAGGCGGUUUAUCAAAUGAACAAUGCAAUACGAAUCCACCAUAGUCUUGCUACAAAGGCUACAGACUACACAAAGAAACAACAUGUGCUGAAGUUGCAGACAGCGGAUUGGUCCACGUACUUGUUUCAAACUAGUGAUAGUAAAGAACUUCAACGAUGGAUUGACACCAUCAACUUUGUGGCGGCUAGCCUCUCGGCCCCACCAUUGCCAGGGGCAUGUGGCUCGCAGAGAAAGUUCCAACGCCCCCUGAUGCCAUCAUCGUACACAAAACUGAAUUUGCAAGAGCAGAUGACAUGCCAUGAGAAACGUGUGGAGGAAAUCGAGCGAGAGUUGAAAGAACAUCGCCAGUAUCCACCGGAGAAAGGUGCUAAAGCUAGGAUGAUCCAGGACUACUUGGAGAAAGAAUCAUAUCAGGAAUUUGAGUUGAAGCGCUUCAAGACUUAUGCAUACUUACUCCAGUCCAAGAUGACAAUCUUCCCCGAACUGGAGCCAUCGCUCGUUGAGACUGCCAUCGGUGAGGUCGACGAGCCCCCAUCACCGACCUCGCCCAGACACCCAGCGUCUGACAACAACCGACCACAGCCGAAAUCUGCCAAGCAAGUGCAGCGUAGUCUCUCAGAUAGAUAUGAUGAUGAUGACAUUGACCCGAGGGGUUAUAGGCUGACAGUCUCAUCGCCCAUUCUUCGCAUGCCUUCAAACGAAUUCCAAAUUGACGUGGUGAUACCAGCAAUAGAGUACGAGACGGCAUUAUGAAAGAGCGAAGGAAACUGAGGACACGUGGCUGUGAGGAGAUUCGCAUCAUGAAAUUGACAACUGCUCAUUACUUAUGGAGGACCAAAUGCGCCAGAAAUCAGUUGCUGGGAAUUUUCAUAAGGGCUUGAGAUGACAGGUUACUAAAGCUUUGGAUUGUUGCACUGAAAAAGACAAUGGUUAAUAUUUAUAAAGACUAGUAAAUGCUUUUACUACAGUUUUCUACAGAGAUGGCUAGUGUAAAUGUACAUAAAGUUUAAAGUAAAAGCAUUUACUAGUCUUUUAUAAAUAUCAGCCAUUGGCUGAUGUGAGUGAAGUUGAGCAAAUGCUUUUACUUCAGUUUUGUACAGAAAGGCCUAGUGUAUAAAAUGCACAUGGUGUUUUAGAUGAAAACAUUUGCUAGUCUUUAUUCAUAUCACCCUAUGUUUAAAGUGGAUUGAUUGAAAAGUUUGGAACUCCUAGUGAUUGCAGUCAGCCAGUAGCAUUGACCUUGGCAUUUGUUGCCAUCAGAAGACGGAAGUCUGUUGCAGACUUUAGAAAUAAUUUUUGUACAAGAGCAUGUGAUAGUAUAUUUUAGGUAUUUGACAUAAUUAUCUCAUUCGAUCAAAGAAAUUCAUCAGCUUAGUGUUGAUUUAAAAAAGGUUAUUCUUUAACAACAACAGAGUGUUUGAGUGUAUUCCAAAUACAUUUGUAUUUUGGCUUCAGAGUGACCUUCUUCCUCCAUACAAAGUUUCAUCUAAAGUAUUUUGUUGUAGUCUAUUGAAAUGUACCUUCUCUUUCGGUUCCUAAAAUAAUACGUUUAGAUGAGCUCAUUGUAACCACUUUUGUAAUGAAAAGGCAUACAUUUUGUCACAAUCUUUCUCAGUGCUUUGUUGCACAGAGAUAUCUUGUGAUCCUAUUUUCAUCUCCUAUCAAUCAUAUGAGGACAAAGUCACAAUCAAGUGGCCCUGAUGAGGUCACUAACAUGACAGCCAAUGGUGUCAGGAUGAAAUAUUUGGAUUAGAGUUCUAACACUGUUUGUAAUAGGAUAACUUUUAAAAUAUUAUCUUAUUGAUUUGUCUUUGUAAUGAAUAGAAACAUGUAAAUAUGUGAAUAUUGUAAGUGGCUAUGAUAUGAUAAUGGAAUUACUGCCAAAGCAUGUUCUAUUCCCGACUCAUCUUGAUUUUCAAUACACAAGAUUAAAUGAAUUUGUUUUAUAUUAUCAUAAUUAAAUACAAUAUCAAGAUAGCAUAUCAGGAUGUACAAUUGACUGUUUUAUUUUUAGCGUUUUUUCUCUCCACAUUUUUUCCCAGGUCUCUUCUAGUACGUUUGAUAUAACAUUAUCUGGUCAGUCAAGCUUUUAAAUUGAUUUUGAAGAUGGACAUUGUGGUAUAAAGGCUGUGAAAAGUUUAUCAAUGACCUACGGAGUCGUGUAAGAACAGAAAUGCUGAAAGAAUUCUAGCUGAACAUGGACUCAUUUUCCUCAAUUUGAGCCCCAAUUUAUAGGCAUUUUGCCGUCUCUGUCCAUUAACUCUGUCAGUGGCACCAUGUGAGCAUAAUGUCUCUGUAACAUCCGUUUGAUACCUUCACAUGUUGCAGUGUCCGAGUCACAUGGGCUGACACCUGAACAAAAAUUCUGUAUGUCAACACUGUAUGUUUGUACAUACAUGUAUAUAAUUGUCUGUGAAUUUUGAUGAUAAUGACACAGAAAGUCUCAUCCCGAGGAUAUCUGAGGAUAACAUUCAUUUCUUUGGCCCUCUAUUUCACUUCAGCCAAUGAGGGACAUAUGUCUCUGGGGUUUGUGUGCAGGGUUGAAGAAGCAAAUAUCAACCUCUGAUUUCCUCUGGAUAAGAAUGACCACAUGUUGAUGUACAAAUGACUGGUAGUAUAUUUGUAAUUAUCAUGUCCUCUGAGAAAUAUAAGGUUGAUGGUGAUGUUGGCAUUUUUUACAUGCAUAUCAAAAUUACUUUUUAAAAACACACCAUGUAGCAUAUCAUUAUGAAACAAUGACACUUUAGUGUGAAAAUAAGCUAUCCUAUCUUGGGGAAAUCAAUAUUGAAAAGGGGGUGGUGCUAGGAAGCCCAAUAUCACACUCUAGCACACAUAUGAAAUAGAAGAUAUUGUGUACACUAUCAGAGCAUGUUAAGAGCUGGUUGUUAAAUCCUCCUCGGUCACUUCCUACUUCAAGAAACAUUAAAAUAACUUUACAUUUCUCAAAGAAGAUCUGUGCAGGAAGAACAUUUAGAUAGCAUUAUUUUUCAUUGAAUAUGAAGUAGAAUUGUACCUAGCAGGCCUAUCCCAGAAAAUACAUAAUUCCAGAUCAGAUAGGAUUUUGUUUGAUAUAGUGUCAUAAUAAUGAAUCAUGUAGUGAAUGUGUUAUUGUUGCAGGAAAGUAAAUUAUAUGAAAA